UUGACCUAUGAUGAUGUACAAAUCAACUUCACUUCGGAAGAGUGGUCAUUGUUGGAUACUUCUCAGAAGAAUCUCUACAAAGAUGUGAUGCUGGAGACCUACAAGAACCUCACUGAUAUAGGAUACACUUGGGAAGACUGUAGUAUUGAAGAACAUUGUGCAAGUUCUAAAAGAAAAGAAAGGCCUAAAAGAAGCCAAACUGGAGAGAAGCCUUCUGCAUAUACACAAUGUGCUAAAGACUUUGCAUAUAGCAUUUAUCUUCAAAGGCAUAAAAGAACACAUACUGGAGGGAAGCAUUAUGAAUGUGAUCAGUGUGGUAAAGUAUUUACUCAGAAUAGUCAUCUGCAAAUGCAUAAAAAAUCACAUACAAAAAAGAAACACUAUGAAUGUAAUCAAUGUGGUAAAGCCUUUGCAUAUCACAGUUGUCUUCUAAUGCAUAAAAUAACACAUACUGGGGAGAAACCUUAUGAAUGUAAUCAGUGUGGUAAAGCUUUUGCUCAGCAUGGUAAUCUUCAAAGACAUAAAAGAACACAUACUGGAGAAAAACAGUAUGAAUGUAAUCAGUGUGGUAAAGCCUUUGCUCAGCACACUCAUUUGAAAAUACAUAAAAUCACACAUACUGGGGAGAAACCCUAUAAAUGUAAUCAGUGUGGUAAAGCCUUUGCUCAGCACAAUAAUCUUCAAAGACAUAAAAGAAUGCAUACUGGAGAGAAACACUAUGAAUGCAAUCAGUGUGGUAAAGCCUUUGCUCAGCACAAUCACCUGCAAAUGCAUAUAAGGAUACAUACAGGAGAGAAACCAUAUGAAUGUAAUCAGUGUGGUAAAGCCUUUGCUCAGCACAGCUAUCUUCAAAUACAUAAACGAACGCAUACUGGAGAUAAACCUUAUGAAUGUAAUCAGUGUGGUAAAGUCUUUGCUCAGCACAGUAAUCUUCAAAUACAUAAAAGAUCACAUACACGAGAGAAGCCCUAUGAAUGUAAACAGUGUGGUAAAUCCUUUUCUCAUCAUAGUGCUCUUCAUGUGCAUCAAAGAACACAUACUGGAGAGAAACCCUAUGAUUGUAAACAGUGUGGUAAAGCAUUUACUCAGCACAGUAGUCUUCAAAUGCAUCAAAGAACACAUACUGGGGAGAAACCCUAUGAAUGUUCUCAGUGUGGAAAGUCCUUUGCUCAUCACAUUUCUCUUCAAGUGCAUAAAACUACACAUACUGGAAAGAAACCUUAUAAAUGUAAUCAGUGUGGUAAACCCUUCACAUGUCAUAGUAAUCUUCGAAGACAUAAAAAAACACAUACUGGAGAGAAACACCAUGAAGGUAAUCAACGUGGUAAAGCCUUUGCUCAUUAGAGUGCUCUUCAUAUGCAUAAAUGAACACAUACUGGAGAGAAACCCUAUGAAUAUAAACAGUGUGGUAAAGCCUUUGCGGGUAAAAGUAGGCUUCAAACGUAAAGAAGAACGCAUACAUGCUGGGUGUUGUUGGCACAUGCUUUUAAUCCCAGCCAACUAACGUGCUGAAAAGUAUUCUCCAUGAAAUACUAAGAAAACAUAUAUAAACCCCAUGCUUGUUCAGUUGGCAGCUGGCACUUUCCACACUGGUAGUGGCAGCCACUUUCCUGGAUUCCUCCUUCCCAAAUAAAUCCUUUGCAAUGAGUUUCACUGAAGACCUUCUUUUGCCAGAGUAGAUAUAAAACUCCCCAGGAAACUCCCUUAGGGGAGCAAAGCAGAAGAAAAAUCUUCUCACUGGCGCUGCAGGAGACUGCUACGUUUCUGGAGCAGUUUCCCUCGUAGUCGAGUGAAGCAGCAAAUUUGGCUGAAUCUAAGAAGACAUGGCUAUCAUUGCUUGGAAACUCCCUAGUGGAGAAGGGAAGAGCAAAAGCAAUGCACACUUCUAUAGACAACCUCUCUUAGCAGGGUAGAGUAAAUCUCUCUCUCUUUCUCUCUCUCUCUCUCUCUCUCUCUCUCUCUCUCUCUCUCUCUCUCUCUCUCUUUCUCUCUCUUAGAGGAGAACAAGUUCUACAUCGGAACAUAGAGCAUCCCCCACUGGAAUACAACUUCAUGUAUAGAUUGACAGUCAAGAUACAUUUUCCUCACAUGUGUGGGAAUGAUACCUUCCCCUCACAGCCACAUGUGUAGCCUGAUAUUGGACAGUCAGGGUGGAUUUUUCUUCAGAGCCCUAGUUAUCCAGGAUACAUUCCCCUCCAAAGAUUCAGGUACACAUGACUUUCUAAUAGUCAGGAUACCUUUCUAUUCAGAGAUGCAAGUAUCGAGGGCAUCUUUUCUUCAAAGCUGUAUGUGUAGCCCGACUUAUGACACUUCCAUUACCUUUUGUCCAUAGCUGUAACACUUGUACAAUGAUCUUAAAUGAUAAUGAGUCCCUUUUAGAUUUACACUUCUCUUCAAGUGCAUGAAAUAACUAAUUCAGGUAUAAAACUUAUGGACUUGUAUGAUUUUCUGUUCUGCUUGUAUUAUAAUAUCUAUGUCACCUCAUGAAAGACUUUUAUUUGGCCCUUGGCUUCAGAGGGAUACAGCAUCAAAUUGAAAGUUGCGUGACAGCUAAAGCAGGGGUCUAAGAACUCACAUUCCUAAAGGUGCAUCUUGAAGAACAGAGUUGGAACUUGUUUUGGAGUUCAUUGCAGUGUGCUUUCUAUUCUGAAAUACUUGAUGUGCAUGCUCAAGUGUGCUAUUUGUGUGGCAAAUCCAUUUAGUGAAGCUUAUUUUGUUGUCCUUAUAUUCCUUCUGUAGCUAUUGUUAAUUUUGUACUUUUGUUUAAUGUUAGGUAUUUUUCUGCUGCAGUGUAUACAAUGUUAGCCCCAUCAUCUAAGUGGUCCAUUGUUUGUUUUGGUUUUGUUUUUAAUAUAAGGAAGUGUGUGAUCAUACCUUUCAAAUAAGAAUUUUUCUGAAAGUGUUGUGGUUUGUUUUUCUUGGUUAUGUUUUUAAAUUUUCACAAAUACCCUUCAGAUUUUCUUGUUUAUUAUUCAGCCUGUCUUGGAUGUCAGUAAUGAUGAGUGAUACAUUUGAACUAGUGAUCCUCCUGUGUCUACCUCCUGAGUACAAGUCCAAGUGUAGAUGGUAUACUCCCAAUAUGUACUGUUUUUUCAACAUAAUUUAGCAAUGUCAAUGUCAAAAUGCUUAAUAAAA